GAGCGAGCGAGUGUAGUCAUGACAUUUCUCUACGGUGACUCCAGGCUGGCAGCCACUGACUGCCGCGCUUGGACGCUGAAGGGUCUCUGCCUGCGGAGCGCAUUCCUGCCUGCCUGCGUGUGCGCUGCCGCUGUCCGUGCCCCCUCUACCUCUGGCUUUACCAAACUUGGGCUUUGAGCGCAGCUCCGAGUGACUCCCUCUGCUUGAUAUGCCAGCAAUUCUGCUCUUCUGGAGCCGCGUGGAGAGGAAUAAAGAGUCGGUGGCCGGGACCGUCUCCACCAUGGGGAAGGAUUACUACAAGGCCUUGGGGAUCCAGUCAGGAGCCAACGAAGAUGAGAUCAAGAAGGCCUACCGGAAAAUGGCCUUGAAGUAUCAUCCCGACAAGAACAAGGAUCCCAAUGCAGAGGAGAAGUUCAAGGAAAUUGCAGAGGCCUACGAUGUCCUGAGCGACCCAAAGAAACGGGCAGUUUACGACCAAUAUGGGGAGGAAGGGCUCAAGACCGGUGGCGGCUCCUCCGGCACCUCAGGGAACACGUUCCACUACACCUUCCAUGGGGACCCCCACGCCACCUUUGCCUCCUUCUUUGGGGGCUCCAACCCGUUCGACAUCUUCUUCAGCAGCGGCCGCUCCCGCGUCUUCAACGGCUUUGACCACGACGAUAUGGACGUGGACGAGGACAGCGACGACCCCUUCAGUGCCUUCGGUCGGUUUGGCUUCAAUGGCAUCAACGGUGUUCACCGGCGGCACCCGGAGCCCAUCCACAUGCGCCGGAAGGUGCAGGACCCGCCGGUGGUCCAUGAGCUCAAGGUCUCCUUGGAGGAAAUCUACCACGGGGCGACCAAGCGGAUGAAGAUCACCCGCCGGCGGCUGAACCCGGACGGGAGAUCAAUGCGGACGGAGGAUAAGAUCCUUAACAUUGUCAUCAAGCGCGGGUGGAAAGAGGGCACCAAGAUCACCUUCCCCAAGGAGGGAGAUGCCACGCCGGACAACAUCCCGGCUGACAUCGUCUUCAUCCUGAAGGACAAGCCCCACGGGCACUUCCGGCGAGACGGGACGAACGUCAUCUACACGGCCAUGAUCAGUCUUAAAGAGGCCUUGUGCGGCUGCACCGUCAACAUUCCCACCGUCGACGGGCGCGUCAUCCCUCUGCCGUGCAAUGACAUCAUCAAACCGGGCACCGUGAAGAGACUGCGCGGGGAGGGUCUGCCUUUCCCCAAGGUGCCCACCCAGCGCGGAGACUUGAUUGUAGAGUUCAAAGUCCGCUUCCCGGACAGAAUAGCCCCGCAGACCCGGCAGAUCCUCAAGCAGCACCUGCCCUGCUCCUAGAGGCCCUGAGGCAGGCAGGUGGGCGGGCGGGCGGGCGGCCUCCCGCCGGCCGGCUUGCCCUCCAAGCAGCAAUACUUCACACGCCUGUGCUGGGGUGCACUUGGCCUGCACAAUGCACGGGGGCUCAGCCAGGCCCCUCGCCACAAACCACACCCUCCUUUUCCAAGAGACGGCCCGGCCCGGCCCGGCCUGUGCGCUCUC